AUGGAGUCCUGCUCGGACCGCCUGAGUCCGUCGAGCGACUUGACGAGCGAGUCGGAAACAUCCCUUCCUCCCUUUCCUUACGACGGGCAGACCGGCAACUUUUACGCGCAAACCGAAACCGUAGACAAACAGUACUUCCCCUGCAAACAGAAGUCGCCAAAAAACGAGGAGAGGAAAGAUAUAUAUCUGCAAGAGAGCAACAAAAUAUUCGAGAACUAUAUAAACGGCAAAAAACAUUUAAUAUUCGACGUAAAAUUGCCAUCGACCCAAGAGAGCUUUUUCUCUCAGAUAGAAGGCGAAGACCGCACGCUGCGUUCAGCCUACUUCGAUGAGCAGAACAUGAAGAGUUGCAUUCAAAAUGAGAACAAUCCGAAUCUGACGGAAAUCGUGGUCAACACUCAGGCGAAUUACGAUGUCAAUAAUACUGGUAUUGACAGAGAGCGGUCGCAACAGACUUUCUUCGGUGAUACAGAUAACAAUAACAUGCGGAGAUGUCUAAAUUUCAAUUCGGAGCAAGUCCAGUGCGUGUGCGAGGCGCUGCAGCAAAGGGGCGAUAUAGAGAAACUGGCUGCAUUUCUGUGGAGUUUGCCGCCCAGCGAACUGCUUCGAGGGAAUGACACGGUUCUAAGGGCCCGCGCUCUGGUCGCAUACCAUAGAGGAGUGUUUCAAGAGUUGUACGCCAUUUUGGAAUCGCACACUUUCCCGCCACGUCACCACUCGGGCCUACAAGAUCUGUGGUUCAAGGCGCAUUAUAAGGAGGCGCAAAAAGUUAGGGGGCGACCUCUAGGAGCCGUAGAUAAGUACAGAUUGAGGAAGAAGUACCCAUUGCCGAAGACGAUAUGGGAUGGCGAGGAGACGGUCUACUGCUUCAAAGAGAAAAGCAGGAACGCCUUAAAAGACUGCUAUUAUAGGAACAGGUACCCUACGCCCGACGAGAAACGCGCGCUUGCCCAGAAGACCGGCCUGACCCUGACGCAGGUCUCCAACUGGUUCAAGAAUCGGCGUCAACGCGAUCGGACACCACAGCAACCUAACCGGCCG